AUGUCUUUUGAUUCACGCCUACUUUUCUGUCAGGGCGAAAGUGAGGACCAAUUACCUGGUUUUCUUGUCCAAAACGAAGAUACUGAUACAGCAGAAUAUUCUGGGAGGAUUAAUACUGUCACUGAAGCCACCAUUCUCUCUCAGGAGAAUAUUAUACUCCAGCCAAAUGAUCCUUUACAAAAUCAAGAGGAUCUUACACAACAGAACCUUACUCAUACCCUACCCAGUGGACAGUUGCAGAAUAAUCUAUCAGAACUAUUAGCAUAUAUUCCUGCUGCUAUCAUUCUGCAAGGCCCUUUACAAACGUCUGUUUAUGGCUCUCUAUCCGUACAACCUCUAAACAAUAGCUUCACAGCAUCUCCUCAAGGCUACUCCGGAAAUGAUUAUCAGCCUAGGGCUUCUAAACAACAGCAAGAAUACGACUUGUCUAAGAGUGUUUUUAUACAUUAUAAUCCUAAUGGUCCAUCAUCUCGGGACACCAGAUCUUUGGAUCCAUCGUCUGUAAAGUCAUAUUCAUGUCUCGAAUGUUCUUAUAAAACAAAUAAGAUAUUCAAUCUCAAAAGACAUUUGAAUGUCCACUUGGGCAACAGGUAUGGUUAUGGCUGCUAUUAUAGCACAAAUACAUACCAUACCAUAUCUAACACUUCAAAAGUUUAUACCAUUUCACUACCAGAGAUUUUUGUUAUCAUUUUGGGUGAAAAUUGGCACCUAAGCAAUAUGAUUGGCUUAGAGGCCAAAAUAUUGUAA